AUGCACGUGGCACUCGGUGCCAAGGAGGCCCUCGACGCGGGCCACGAUCACCGCCACGAGCCACGAGGCCACGACAGGCAGUGGUACCACGGCGCACGGGGGCACUUUGCGCCGCCGCCGGGCGACAAGGCGCACGACGCACCCGGCGAGGCUGUCCCCAAGGAGGAGCGGCCCGAGAGGCGGGCGGACCACACCGAGCUCGCAGAGAUGCCAGCGGAGUUCGAGCGCACCCGCGCGCAGGUCCGAGCACUGCGGGACAAGGCAUGGGCACGAGCCCUCGAGCAGAGGGCAAGCGACCUCUUCGACGAGAUGGAGAGCGACACCGAGCACCACGAGCUCUCCUGCCACCAUUCCGGCAACCCGCCCCGCGACAGCCUCUAUGGCCUCUCUUGGCUGCUUUUGGCCUCAGAGGGUCCCUGGCUGAUGGCGCUACUCUAUACGCUCGCAAGCGCGCCCGGCACCACACGCGCUUACUGCUGCAGGCUCGCCCACCAGCGCCUGCGCCGUGCCCUGCGCGUGAACCAGCUUUUCGCACACGGCCCGGCCCCGUCAACUUGA